GGGCGGGGGGGAGCGGGACGGCCGGCGCGCCAGCACUGCCGUGCGUGCUCACGUGACAGGUCCGCGAGGCCCAGCUCACGCAGUCGUCUGGACGAGCGAAGAUGGCGGCCGAGAGGGAGCCUCCUCCGCUGGGGGACGCAAAGCCCACCGACUUUGAGGAGCUGGAGGAUGGAGAGGACCUGUUCACCAGCACUGUGUCCACCCUAGAGUCAAGUCCAUCAUCUCCAGAACCAGCUAGUCUUCCUACAGAAGAUGUGAGUCCAAACUCAAAUGGUCCAAAACCUGCAGAGGUGGUGCUAGAUGAUGACAGAGAAGAUCUUUUUGCAGAAGCCACAGAAGAAGUUUCUCUGGAUAGUCCAGAAAGGGAACCUAUCCUGUCUUCAGAACCUUCUCCUGCAGUCACACCUGUGACCCCUACUACACUCAUUGCUCCCAGAAUUGAAUCAAAGAGUAUGUCUGCUCCUGUGAUCUUCGAUAGAUCCAGGGAGGAGAUUGAAGAAGAAGCAAAUGGAGAUGUUUUUGAUAUAGAAAUUGGUGUAUCAGAUCCAGAGAAAGUUGGUGAUGGCAUGAAUGCUUACAUGGCUUAUAGAGUAACAACAAAGACUUCUCUGUCCAUGUUCAGUAAGAGUGAAUUUUCAGUGAAAAGAAGAUUCAGUGACUUUCUCGGUUUGCAUAGCAAGUUAGCAAGCAAGUAUUUACAUGUUGGUUAUAUUGUACCACCAGCUCCAGAAAAGAGUAUAGUAGGCAUGACCAAGGUCAAAGUGGGUAAAGAAGAUUCAUCAUCCACUGAAUUUGUAGAAAAACGGAGAGCAGCUCUUGAAAGGUAUCUUCAAAGAACAGUAAAGCAUCCAACUUUACUACAGGAUCCUGAUUUAAGGCAGUUCCUGGAAAGUUCAGAGCUGCCUAGAGCAGUUAACACACAGGCUCUGAGUGGAGCAGGAAUAUUGAGGAUGGUGAACAAGGCUGCCGACGCUGUCAACAAAAUGACAAUCAAGAUGAAUGAAUCGGAUGCAUGGUUUGAAGAAAAGCAGCAGCAAUUUGAAAAUCUGGAUCAGCAACUUAGGAAACUUCAUGCUAGUGUCGAAGCCUUGGUCUGUCAUAGAAAAGAGCUUUCAGCCAACACAGCUGCCUUUGCUAAAAGUGCCGCCAUGUUAGGUAACUCAGAGGACCAUACUGCUUUAUCUAGAGCUUUGUCUCAGCUUGCAGAGGUGGAGGAGAAGAUAGACCAGUUACAUCAAGAACAAGCUUUUGCUGACUUUUAUAUGUUUUCAGAACUACUUAGUGACUACAUUCGUCUUAUUGCCGCAGUGAAAGGUGUGUUUGACCAUCGAAUGAAGUGCUGGCAGAAAUGGGAAGAUGCUCAACUUACUUUGCUCAAAAAACGUGAAACUGAGGCAAAAAUGAUGGUUGCUAAUAAACCAGAUAAAAUACAGCAAGCUAAAAAUGAAAUAAGAGAGUGGGAGGCAAAAGUACAACAAGGAGAAAGAGAUUUUGAACAGAUCUCUAAAACAAUUCGAAAAGAAGUGGGAAGAUUUGAGAAAGAACGAGUGAAAGAUUUUAAAACUGUUAUUAUCAAGUACUUAGAAUCAUUAGUACAAACACAGCAACAGCUGAUAAAAUACUGGGAGGCAUUCUUGCCUGAAGCCAAAGCCAUUGCCUAGCAAGAAGAUUUCUGUUAUGAAGAUCUUGGAUGUUUGUUCCAGUUACGCUGAAUUCCACAGUGAAAUCAUUUAAAACCAUCUAAAUAAACCACUCUAUAUUUUAUGAA